ACGCUGCUAUUUGUUGGUUUGGGAAAACAACAUUUGAAAAACUUUAGAACAAUAAAACUGAAUCAACAGCAGAUAAACAAAGGGUUACUAGGAAGGUUUCAGGUUUGUCAUCGUUAUCAGGAGGAGUGUAUUUAUCCUGGAACCUGCUGUUCAGGGUCGACUGCUUUUGCGCUUGUUUUCGUCUCUGCUGUUUAAAAGAACUACUCGUGUUUUCAUUAAGACGCCACUGGAAAUAAUUUGUUCUUGUUAGACUUGACAACUGUUGAACAGGUCACAGUGUUGUGUUGAUCCUUAAGGUGCGCGUUUGGAGACGAACAUACAUAAAGACAUUUUCCACAGAAGUCUCAUCCAUCUCACUGAUUGAAAUGUCACAAGCCAAAGAUGUCGGAACAUGCCCCGUGAAACCAGGGAGAGAUGAGUUAUAAGAAAAAAAACAACCUACCACAACAACAUAUGAAACCGAUUUUUGCUGCUUAUGUAGUCAGGAAAGUGAUGACGAAUACAGUAAACAGUGAUGGGGUAAUACAGAUAAUCCAGGAAGAUGAAUCACAGCUUUGCACCUUCGUCAUAUAAACCUGGCCUUGCUGAUUGUCUGGAAGUCAUGUGACUGAGAACAGAGGGAGGAGAAGCUGCAAGCUAAGGUGAGACCACCUCCACUCAAGUCUUACCUUUCCUCUCCACCCGAUACCUUAAAUCUUGCUGAGCCACAAACAGAGGCUGACCAAAGACCCAACACAACGGCUAAUUUCUUAAUCUUUUCUUCUACUUCAGCACAAAGGGAUGCCUUUCAGCUUUCCGCCAGCAUCACUAUAGGUAUGAUCCUGGCGUUUUUGACACAUUGAUGCUUAAUAGUGGACUCCUAAUAGACAUGUUCGGCCCAGGGCAACUGGUUUCUACUCUGCUGCCUGCAGUUUUCCACUCACCUGCAGCUCAUUUUUUCCCUGCCUUCCCAACUAGACUUGGCUCUCAACCUCAAAUUUUGAUCCCUGGGCCUUUUAUCAGCUAUGAAUCUUUAAGGAAUUACCUGCAGCCAGAGCCAUGCAAGGAAGCUCUGCUGCUGGCCACUCAGGCAGUCGGGAUGGGGCAGCUCACAGAAAGCCUAGAUGAACAGAGGCCAGUGAAGCAGCGUCGUGCACGGGCCAACUACAGCAGCUGGCAGCUGGAGGAGCUGGAGAAGGCCUUCGAGACCACCCACUACCCAGACAUCUUCAUGAGGGAAGCCCUGGCCCUCAGACUGGACCUGAUCGAAGCCCGAGUGCAGGUUUGGUUUCAGAACCGUCGUGCCAAAAUGAGGCGGCAGUUGAAACUCCAGGGCCAGCUUUCAGGGCCUUAUGUAAAAAGAGACAAUGAUGAAACAUCUGAGAAAGGAGGCAGGAGUUUCAAAGAGCAGACGGAAAGUUCUGACAGUGAGCGCUGGCAGAGACGACCGGAAGGACAGAACUACCCGUGGACUAAAGCUCCGAGCGCUACGCGGAGCCUGUUAACGCAGUCCGUGACGGGGAAUUCAGGGAAGUGGGAGUGUCCGGAGGGGCCGAGUUCAGAGGAGCUGCGAUCCUGCAGCAUCGCCAAACUGCGAGCCAAAGCCAGAGAGCACAAGGCCGAGAUCCAAAGCACUGUAAACAUGUCAGGAGGCGACGUGCAGCCGCAAACACAGGAAGACGAUGCCAUGCACAGUGAUUGAUUGUUUUCCUUCUUCCUGUUUGUACAGAUAAUGAUGAUAAAAAAACAGGGUCAGCAGUA